UCUUCCUCCUAUUGGCUGAAGUGAUUGCUGGCAGGGGUGGAAAUUACCAUAAAGGAGGCAAGUGGCGAAGGGAUCCACUUGGGGGCAAGCUGGCGAUGCGUCACAGCUCCUGGUGAAAAGGGGGAGACAAUUAAAAGCCUAAAAUAGCGCCAAACCUGCGGGUUAAUGUGCACCAAUGGCCACGACGUCCCUCGCGAACUCAGAGCUGCGCGCAAAAGUGCCACAGGUGAUGGGUGGCACGAGCACAGAGACGAGAGGCUUGUAGCGUCCGAGGUGUCGCGAAUGGGUGACAAAAAUCGCUCCAAACUAACUUUGCCAUGUGAGAUUAGCGGCGGAAACCUCUGCGCGGGGCAGAAAACCCUACGAUUUCGACACGUCACUUCUCGGGAGAUCAUGAAACGACAUCAGAGGUGGCUGGAGCGCGGACGAGUUGAGGAACGCUGAGGAGAGCCGCGUUCCCCGAUGAAGCAGCCAAGUCCCUCUGCGCCUCUGCCUUUACGCACAGCCAAGGUGAGGACGGGCGGCAUCACAUCCAUGUAGAGAAAACACCCAUGACUCAUCCGAGGUGCUGAGACACGGGACCGGAUAAGCACAGCAACACUCGCGAGCCGAAAACCCACGACACGCGCGCGCCAUGGACGGAGAAGGGGGGUCCUGCGGGCUCGCCAAGUCCGCCGCCGUCAAACUGUCCGAGAUGGGCGAGAGGACCAAGCAGCUGGGAACCGCGAUGAGGGACCCGCACCGGCAGAGGCGGAUCAUACUGGUGAUCGUGUGCGUGGCUCUGCUGCUGGACAACAUGCUCUACAUGGUGAUCGUGCCGAUUAUUCCGGACUACCUCGCCGAUCUGGAGAGUGAGCAGUCAGAGCACGUCCACGUCGUGAUGCACCCCAACGUUUCAUCCAACGGCACGAGCCUGGACAAAAGCACCAAGGACAACUUAGACAUGCAGAUCGGGGUUCUCUUCGCGUCCAAAGCCAUCCUGCAGCUCCUGGUCAACCCGCUGUCCGGAACCUUCAUAGACCGGGUCGGAUACGACAUCCCACUUUUAAUUGGACUCACGGUCAUGUUCGUGUCCACGUGCAUCUUCGCGUUCGCGGAGAACUACGCGACCCUGUUCGCGGCCCGCAGCCUGCAGGGUCUGGGCUCCGCUUUCGCGGACACGUCCGGCAUCGCGAUGAUCGCCGACAAGUACACGGAGGAGGCCGAGCGCAGCAGGGCGCUGGGCAUCGCCCUGGCCUUCAUCUCCUUCGGCAGCCUCGUGGCGCCGCCCUUCGGCGGCGUGCUGUACGAGUUCGCGGGCAAGCGCGUGCCCUUCAUCGUGCUCGCCUGCAUUUGCCUGGCGGACGGCUUCCUGCUGCUCACCGUCAUCAAGCCGUUCUCCAACAGGACUCGGGAGAACAUGCCGGUGGGCACCCCCAUUUACAGGCUCAUGGUCGACCCGUACAUCGCCGUGGUCGCCGGGGCGCUGACGGUGUGCAACAUCCCGCUGGCCUUCCUGGAGCCCACCAUAGCCAACUGGAUGGAGACCACCAUGCACUCCUCCCAGUGGGAGAUGGGACUCACCUGGCUGCCCGCCUUCUUCCCGCACGUGCUCGGCGUGUACAUUACAGUGAAGCUGGCGGCCAAGAACCCCAACCUGCAGUGGUUCUACGGCGCCCUGGGCAUGGUCAUCAUAGGCGCGAGCUCCUGCACCGUGCCCGCGUGCAAAACCUUCGGCCAGCUCAUCGCCCCGCUGUGCGGCAUCUGUUUCGGCAUCGCGCUCGUGGACACCGCCCUGCUGCCGACGCUGGCGUUCCUGGUGGACGUGCGUCACGUCUCGGUGUACGGCAGCGUCUACGCCAUAGCGGACAUCUCCUACUCUGUCGCGUACGCCAUGGGUCCUAUAGUCGCCGGCCAGAUAGUGCACAACCUGGGGUUCGUCCAGCUGAACCUGGGCAUGGGCCUGGUCAACGUGCUUUACGCGCCAGCGCUGCUGCUGCUGCGCAACGUGUGCCAAAUGAAGCCGUCCUACUCGGAGCGGGACAACCUGCUGGAGGAGGCUCCGCAGGGCCUGUACGACACCAUCAGGAUGGAGGAGAGGCGCGCGCGCAAGAAGGGCUACAGCUCGGCCGGGAACUGCCUGUCCGUGGACGAGAACGGGUUCGACCCGUUCAGAGCGCAGCGGUCGCUGUCGGAGGAGUCGUCUGGACCGGAGUACACUUAGCCCCCCCCCCCCCCCCCCCCCCCGGCACAUUCCCCUGGAGACGUGGAGACGCGGCAGCCACGUUGAGUUCUAGUGUUAAAAACUCCAUGUAAGUACCGAUGUGCAAUAUAAACACCCAGUCAGCGAAUCACGACUGCCUGACCCGUUUUUCUUUUUGACUGUGAAAUCAUUGUGUCGAACAAAUGUAUGUAGCGUUUGUCAUGGACGUAUAACUGGAGUUUUGUGAGAGAUUUAUCGGCUACUGUUGAAUUUGUGUCUAUCGCUGUAUUGUAAAAAGAUAUAAACAGAUAAAUGUGCGUACAAGAUUAUAUGGGACCAACUAUAACAGCACAUUUCCCCCUUAUGACAAAGUAGACUAUAUAUUUUUUAGUCUAAUAAACUUUAUUACUUGCACAUCAAAGGCCUCAUUUUCUUGUUUCUUUCUUUUGAUUUGUUAAAAAUGUGAGUUUAAUUUUGUAACACGUGGACCUGUCUGUAUUUUUAUUUUAUGUCCGAUUCGUUUGUCUGAAAUAAAAUUGAUCAUAUUAAAUGGAUUUUGUACAUAUGUGGAUACAUGCACAAUGUAAAUUGUUGAGAAAUACGUGGACCUGGAUACGUGUGUGUGCGUGCGUGUUUGUGUGCGGGCGCGUGUAUGUGUGAAGAUUUUUGUCAAGACGCAACUAAUGAAGUCGGUCUCCUAAAGAUGCACAAAUAUGUAUUAAUUGAUCAAUUGUUGUUUUAAUAAAUCUAUGUUUGGAUCCGCGUGA